AUGCCGCCCUACACAGGCACCCAGAGGCAUUACAUAUCGCAGUUCGUGAACUUGACACAGGCCAAGGACGCCGUUGCUUCCAAGUUUCUGCGCGCGAAUGGCUGGAAUGUCGAACAGGCCGUUGAUGCGUACGCACAGCCUUUCCCAUCUUCUCGUCGCAAAGCUAAGUUCUGCAGAUACUUCUCCAGCACCCAGGCGGCCGCAUCAUCCUCGUUGAUCCCAGCACUGAACAAGAUCUUUGACGAAUAUCGAGAUGACCCCAAAGAAAACCCAGACACAAUCGGAAUCGAGGGAGCCAUGAAAUUCCUCGAAGCCAUUCAAGUACAACUGGAUGAGGUUGCGUGCUUGGGAAUAGCGGAGUUACUGAAAUCACCCAGCAUGGGCGAAUUUACUCGCGCGGGCUUUGUCGACGGAUGGAAGAGUGUUGCAGUCGAGUCAAUACCCCAGAUGAUAUCCCACGCAGCCUCGCUCCGAACACGAAUAUCCUCACAACCAGACACAUUCCGCAAGGUGUACCGAUAUGCCUUUCCGCUCUGUCGCAUGCAAGGCCAGCGCAACCUGACGUUUGAAAUCGCAUCGGAGCAAUGGCAACUCUUCUACACCAGCGGCAAUGGGGGUGUCGAUUGGAAUACCCCUACUACGCCGUGGCUGGACUGGUAUUUGGAAUUCCUCGAAUCCAGGGGCAAACGACCCGUCAAUAAAGAUUUAUGGGAGCAGACCGAGGUGUUUAUGCGCAAGACCCGCGAGGACGAGCAUUUUGGAUGGUGGAGUGCCGACGGUGCCUGGCCUGCCACUUUGGAUGAUUUUGUCGCAUAUGUGCAGCAAGAUAAGCGUGGUGCGAAGCUUGGGAGUGGAGGAGCCAUGGAUGUUGAGUGA